AUGGGUGUCGGACGUCGCAUGAAGAAGCAGGGCCCUCCCGAACCCCUUUCGGAGGCCCAUUUCGCAAAGCUUAAGCGCAAGGCCGGUCUGCCAGUCGAACCCGUUGAGGCCCCCGAGACGAAGAAGAGGAGAACAACCAAGCAGCCCGCACCCAAGGCCAAUGGCGCUGCCGCGAAGAAGCAGGACACGAAGAAGAGCAAUGGCGCCAAGGCUGCGCCAGCGGCUAAGGCCGCGCCCAAGGCGAACGGAAAGAAGUCGAAGAAGCAGCCCCAACCCGACUCGGACGAGGAAAUGUCUGACGACGAUGAUCUCGGUGACUUUAACGCGGCCGAUGACUCUGACAUGAGCGAUGCGGCCGACGAGUUUUCCGACCUCGAGGGCAAGGGUCUGGGAGACGAUUUCCUUGGAUCAGACGACGAUGACUCUGUCUUCGACUCGGACCAGGAGCAGGGCGGUGGCGGAAAGCACAUGUUCUCGGAGGACGAGGACGACUCUGACGGCGAGGAACUGCUCACAAAGGCCAACAUCGAGGGUCUCGCAAGGCGGCUCGAUAAGCAAAUCGCCGAUGAGGAGGCGGACGCCCAGGCCGAACUCGAGGAGAUGGGUCUGCAGACCAACAUUGACGGUGACAAGCCGCACAUCCUGGAUGACGAAGAAGAAGACGAUCUCGCCAUCAAGACCAAGGGCCUGCUGGCUCCUGAUCUGCAGCUCCUGAGAACCAGAAUCACUGAGAACAUCCGUGUUCUUGACGACUUUGCCAAACUCCACGAAGAGGGCCGCUCGCGCGCCGAGUACACCAACCAGCUUAUCAAGGAUAUCUGCUCUUACUACGGCUACUCUGAGUACCUUGCCGAGAAGCUCUUUAACUUGUUCUCUCCCCGCGAGGCCUUCGCUUUCUUCGAGGCUAACGAGUCUGCCCGUCCCGUUGUCCUCAGAACAAACACCCUUCGCACUCACCGUCGUGAUCUGGCUCAAGCCCUCAUCGGUCGCGGUGUUACCCUCGAGCCCGUCGGCAAGUGGUCCAAGGUCGGUCUUCAGGUCUUCGAGUCCAACGUUCCUUUGGGUGCCACUCCCGAGUACCUCGCCGGCCACUACAUCCUGCAGGCUGCCUCUUCGUUCCUCCCCGUCAUGGCUCUCGAGCCCCAGGAGAACGAGCGUGUGCUGGAUAUGGCCGCCGCUCCCGGUGGUAAGACGACGCACAUGGCCGCGAUGAUGAAGAACACCGGCAUGAUCAUUGCCAACGAUCCCAGCAAGCAGCGUGCCAAGGGUCUGAUCGGUAACAUUCACCGUCUGGGUGCUCGCAACGUCGUCGUCUCCAACUACGACGCUCGUGAGUUCCCUAAGCCCAUGGGCGGUUUCGACCGUGUCUUGCUCGAUGCCCCUUGCUCUGGUACCGGUGUCAUUGCCAAGGAUGCUAGCGUCAAGACCAACAAGACGGAGAGAGAUUUCAUGCUGCUCCCGCACACCCAGAAGCAGCUUAUCCUUGCUGCUAUUGACUCUGUCAACCACCACAGCAAGACGGGCGGUUACAUCGUUUACUCUACAUGUUCCGUGACAGUUGAGGAGAACGAGGCCGUCGUUCAAUAUGCGCUCUCCCGCCGCCCCAACGUCAAGCUCGUCGACACCAACCUUCCCUUCGGUCGCGAGGGCUUCACCAGCUUCAUGGGCAAGAAGUUCGACCCCUCCCUCAAGCUCACCCGCCGCUACUACCCCCACACUUACAACGUCGACGGUUUCUUCGUCGCCAAGUUCCAAAAGGUCGGCCCUACACCUGCCAAGGGCGCCUCCGGCGACAGAUACUCCGCCAGCGGUGCCGAGGUCGUCGACAAGACACCCAUCACCACCGACGACGAGAGCGCCGCCUCCGACAAGAAGGGCGACGACUUCGGCGGCUUCGACGAGGAGGACGAUGAGGAGUACAUCAACAAGGCCAAGCGUAACGCCAUGCGUAGGAGAGGUCUCGACCCCAACGCUCUGUCCGCCAAGGAGAAGAAGAGCAAGAAGAGCGAGAAGGAAGCAGAGGAGGCCGAGGCCGAGGUUGAGGCCGAGAAGCCCGUCGAGAAGACCCCUGAGAAGAAGGACAAGAAGAAGGCAGUAGUCGAGAAGACUCCUGAGAAGACGCCCGAGAAGAAGGAGAAGAAGAAGGCCGCGGCAGACAAGACUGAGAAGAAGACCGAGGAGAAGACACCAACCAGCACAGAAAAGAGUCACAAGACCAAGAGCCCCAAGACCAAAAGCCCCAAGCAAAAGAAGGGCGGAAAGUAA